AUGGGGUGCAUAGCCUGGUCUAGGCAUCCCGAAUCUCGUGUCGAGGGAUACGUGGAGUUCCAUGCCAUGCUAAUUGCUGCAGGAAUCCAUUCGCUCCUGCUCUUUUUUGAAAUACUCGUUUGCCUAAAGCUGGAAACAAAUUUCUUGCCAGACGAAUAUGGUUGGGUAGUUUGCUUUUUCCCAGUCUUGGUGCUUUGCCCGCUCUCCGUUGCAGCGUGUAUCUGGGGCUUCAAGCAUGACCGCUCUCUUGAGCUCGAGACAGUAAUUUCUUCCAAUGUUCUACUUUUCAUUUUCAUCGCGCUGAAGCUUGACAACGUUAUUGAUUGGCAGUGGAAAGCAGUUUUUAUUCCGCUCUGGGUUGUUAUGUGCCUCCCAGGAAUUGUCGCACUUUAUUACGUCAUCUGGGCACUGCUAUUCCUCCGUCAACCCCAAUACACUUCCGAUCGAAAAACUUCAUUAACAUAUGCAACUAUCUGGCUUUUAGUAGUUAUUCCUUUGAUUGCUUUUGAGGUGCUACUCUCGUUCCGACUGGACGGGGACGCCCAGCUCGAGUACAUGAGCAUCUUCACCCCGCUGCAUGUUUGUUUGUUCACACUUAUGUUGACGUCCUGCGGUGGACGCGGCGGGAAUCGAUGGUGGUGUGGCAUGCGCUCUGACUUCUGCACUGCGCUUUUGAGAACUUGUUCCUGCCUUACUCUCUACGGGAACAUCUAUGUUGGCGAAAAAGAUGACUCUUCAACAUCAGAUGCUUCAUCAGAUCACGAUCCACGAGAAGAGCUGUUUCUUCGCGAUCCACGAACAUUUGACGUGAACUAUUCCAUUAUCAAAAUCAACGUUCCAGAUUAA